GCACUCAACAAAACGCACUUCAUGGAUGCACAUCGAUCAUUCGUUCAUUCAUUCAUUGCAGCAUCUUCCUCGCGAAGCCGGGGAGAACGAACGCAGCCUUGUGGAUCUCGGGGGUGUAGUACUGCAGCUGCGAUAGAAUGGCGUUGUCCACUUGCCGGGCCGGCCCCGCUGCGCACGAGUUGCCUUUUGAGCAGCACAUGACGCCGAUCAUGCCGCUGGGGUAAGUGGGGAUGGAUAUCAUGCCGUACUCGACAUGGCGGAAGUGCUUGGACGCCGCCGCCUUGACGGACGUGAUGACCUCCUUGUGCAGCCACAUGCACUCACCCUGACAUACAUACACACACAUCGAGCCACGCACGGAGCGGCUUCGCAUGGUGGGCAUCUCAUCUCCGUGUGGUCGUGCUUGCCUGUGUGGCUGCGAUGCCCUGAGGCGUGAUGCAGUCGGAGAGGAGCUGAUAGAAGUCCUCCCGGUAGAGACUCUCAGCCGGGCCCACCGGGUCGCUCGAGUCGACUAUCACCACAUCAAACUGACCUGAGUACACAACUGGAAUGGAGUCAUGUAAUCAGGGCCACCCACUCUGCCCGACCCUUCUUUUCGAGAAGGAAUUUGGCCCCAUCUUGUAUGUGGACCUGCACUCGCGGGUCGUCGAAGCCGACACUCAGCUGACGCAGAUACUUCUUGGACACCUGCACACAGCACAGCACAGCACAGCAGUGGCUGAGGCAGUUCUGAGUGUGGGGCAUCUGCUGCCCGUGUGCUUGGGGCAGGAACCUGCUGCUUUUAACCUAGACCUACCGUGAUGACCAUUUCGUCGAUCUCACAGAUGUGGAUCUCCUCCACAUCAGCAUGACGGACAACCUCUGAUUAGUAAACACAUAAACACAGACAGCCAUGGCCGAUUGUUCUCUCUCCGUGUGUUGGCCUCACAGAUGAUGUAUAGGCAACUCUGCCCACCUCUGAGGACGCCGCCGUCCCCUCCCCCAAUCACCAGCACCCUCCGUGGCGUGGGAUGCGACAUCAGCGCCACGUGUGCCAUCAUCUCCUGAUAAGCAAACUCGUCACGCUCCGUGCACUGACGCACACACACACACAAUCAAAAGUGAUUGCAAUGGUACACUACCUGCUUUGCAUACUCACCUGAAUGACGCCAUCGAGCACCAGCACAGUGCCGUAUGUUUUGCUUUUGAACACGAGCACGUCCUGGAACUUUGACCUGCCUCUGAAGAGCACCUCCUCUAUCUCCAGCGACAUGGCCUGCCCCGGCCACAGCGAACCGAACUCUGAGAACCAUCCAGACGAGAACACCGCCCUCCCAAGGUCAAUCUUUCGCCACAGCCGAUGCGCGAGAAAGCCGAUUCCACCGAGAAAAGCAGCACCGGCCGCCAACUUGGACCACUCCUUGGUCUGCAGUGACAUGAGUGACGCCUGCGAUGAGUCAGCAGCCGACAGACGGCUUCGUGAGGAGAGAUCUCUGCCUGGGUGUGGAUGUGCUUCCUGCCACGGAUGAAGAGAGCCCUGUAUCGGCGGAUCGUUC